AGUACGCUGAAGCCUAAAAGACCUGUUCGUAAGAAACUGUGUAAGAAACGCGCGUUGUUUUCGCGUUCACAUAAUCAGGUAUAUUUUUGUAGUGCUGCAGAACAUUCAAGUUUAUUUGCAGAUAAAUAUUCGAGAACGGAGUGGGGAACGAGCGUUUCCUUGAAUACAGAGCAGACCUUUCAUUAGGCGUACGUAAUCUCGCUGGCUAGGGUAAUCAAUCUCGCGCAGGUAAAUAUCUUAGCAGACGACGCGUGCCCUGCCACCACUUCGCUGGUACGGGGUCCGAUUUCAAAGCAGACGACAAGUCCCGACUUUCUGGCUGCGCUUCCGUGAUGAGACGUUUGUUUUGCAAUGUAAUUUCUUGGAAUACUGUAAUUUUUAUCGUGUGUUAAACAUGUAAAGGGCUCUGGCAUCAAAUCAGAGAGUAAAUAGGGAGCCGUUUCAAACUUGUAUUGAGCUCAGGUAUUGUGAUCUUUGUCAUAAGCUGAUCUACGAAAAUGUUUUCUAAGCAUGAAUAUUGUUUAUAUAUAUAAACGCUAUCACCUAAAAAUUGCACAAGUUAUAUACGUUGGCAAUGAGCCAGUAGUGUAGCCUAUAUGCGAAAUUCUUUGUAUUCAUGCACAUGCAUAAAGUGUUGCCUCACGGCUCUGAGUUUAUUUGCAGCUAAAUAUACGAGAACGGAGUGGGGAGCACAAGGUUUCGGUGAAUACAGAGCAGACCUUUACUUUCAUUGUUAUUGUUGUGUUAUCGUACUCGUAUUUCUGAAACUAACGCUGUUAGAUAUAGCAGACGACACGGAACUGAGCCCUUGCCGCCACUUCCCUGCUACGGGGUCCGGUUUCAAAGCAGACGAUAAUAUAGUGCCCUAGGGCACUGUAACCAGGGCCGGCGAUGUAGACGUUUGUUUUGCAGAAGAAUGAGUUGAAACACUGCGAAUUCCAUUCUAUGGGAAGCGCUUCAAAUUUAGGUGCUUCUGAGUCGUCUCAAACUCGUACUGUCGCAUUACCUCUCGUUUGCCAAAGGGUUAACACAUCGCUCAGCUUUUGCGUAGCCAGAGGGGUCAUCUUGGAAUAUAAGCGCUAAAUGUAACGGACGGACACAGCGAACAGAUACAAGAGAGCGCUCUGUUUUAUCUGUCAGUUUACUGUUUGCUGUGUCUGUCCGUUUGUCUUAGCGCUUUUAUUUCAAGAUGAACUGUUACCAACAAGUUCAAAUAAAUUUUUAUUAGCCAGAGGGGAUAUUUGGGUGGUUCAAACGCCCCCGAAAUUGUAUUUUUGGUAGGGCACAGAGCCGUAGCGAGGCAAGUUUGCUCCCAGCAUAGAAAUUCUAUUCUCUUUGUUAUGAAUGCAAGUCACAUUUAUUGUUCUAUUUUCAGGUACCGCACAAGGGCAUUUCUUGCCCUUCAUACUAUGCUUGUUAGAUUUAGCUUUUUAUAUCUGGCUGGCUGGCUUGGCUUACUUAUUCCCUUGUUAAUUAAAGCAUGUGACAUUUAUUGCUUUAUUUACAGGUACCCAACAAAGGGCAUUUGUUGCCCUUUAUAUUAUGCGCAUUAUAUUUUGCUUUUUGUCUUUGGGUGGCUGACUAGGGUUACAUUCUCUUUGUUAUCAAUGCAUGUUACAUUUAUUGUUCUAUUUUCAGGUACCACACAAGAACAUUUCUUGUCCUUCAUAUUAUGCUUGUUAGAUUUAGCUUUUUAUAUUUGGGUGGCUGGCUUCGCUUGUUUUCUUUGUUAUCAAUGCAGGUUACAUUUAUUGUUCUAUUUUCAGGUACCACACAAGGGCAUUUGUUGCCCUUCAUACUAUGCUUGUUAGAUUUAGCUUUUUAUAUUUGGGUGGCUGACUUCGCUUACUUGUUUUCUUUGUUAUCAAUGUAGGUUACAUUUAUUGUUCUAUUUUCAGGUACCACACAAGGGCAUUUCUUGCCCUUCAUACUAUGCUUGUUAGAUUUAGCUUUUUAUAUUUGGGUGGCUGGCUUCGCUUACUUGUUUUCUUUGUUAUCAAUGUAUGCUACAUUUAUUGUUCUAUUUUCAGGUACCACACAAGGGCAUUUCUUGCCCUUCAUACUAUGCUUGUUAGAUUUAGCUUUUUAUAUUUGGCUGGCUGGCUUCGCUUACUUCUUUUCUUUGUUAUCAAUGUAUGUUACAUUUAUUGUUCUAUUUUCAGGUACCAAACAAGGGCAUUUCUUGCCCUACAUACUAUGCUUGUUAGAUUUAGCUUUUUAAAUUUGGGUGUCUGGCUUCGCUUACUUGUUUUCUUUGUUAUCAAUGUAGGUUACAUUUAUUGUUCUAUUUUCAGGUACCACACAAGGGCAUUUGUUGCCCUUCAUACUAUGCUUGUUAGAUUUAGCUUUUUGUAUUUGGCUGGCUGGCUUGGCUUACUUAUUCCCUUUCUUAUUAAAGCAUGUUACAUUUAUUGCUUUAUUUUCAGGUACCAAACAAAGGGCAUUUGUUGCCCUUUAUAUUAUGCGCAUUAUAUUUUGCUUUUUGUCUUUGGGUGGCUGACUAGGGUUACAUUCCCUUUGUUAUCAAUGCAUGUUACAUUUAUUGUUCUAUUUUCAGGUACCACGCAAGAACAUUUCUUGCCCUUCAUAUUAUGCUUGUUAGAUUUAGCUUUUUAUAUUUGGCUGGCUUGGCUUACUUGUUUCCUUUGUUAUCGAUGUAUGUUACAUUUAUUGUUCUGUUUUCAGGUACCCGUGACACAAGUACAUUUCUUGCCCUUCAUACUAUGAUUGUUUGAUUUAGCUUUCUAUAUUUGGCUGACUGGCUUCGCUUACUUGUUUCUUUGUUAUCGAUGUAUGUUACAUUUAUUGUUCUAUUUUCAGGUACCCGUGACACAAGUGCAUUUCUUGCCCUUCAUACUAUGAUUGUUAGAUUUAGCUUUUUAUAUUUGGCUGGCUGGCUUCGCUUACUUGUUUUCUUUGUUAUCGAUGUAUGUUACAUUUAUUGUUCUAUUUUCAGGUACCCGUGACACAAGUGCAUUUCUUGCCCUUCAUACUAUGCUUGUUUGAUUUAGCUUUUUAUAUUUGGCUGGCUGGCUUCGCUUACUUGUUUUCUUUGUUAUCAAUGUAUGUUACAUUUAUUGUUCUAUUUUCAGGCACCCGUGACACAAGUGCAUUUCUUGCCCUUCAUACUAUGCUUGUUAGAUUUAGCUUUUUAUAUUUGGGUGGCUUGCUUCGCUUACUUGUUUUCUUUGUUAUCAAUGUAGGUUACAUUUAUUGUUCUAUUUUCAGGCACCACACAAGGGCAUUUCUUGCCCUUCAUACUAUACUUGUUAGAUUUAGCUUUUUAUAUUUGGCUGGCUGGCAUCGCUUACUUGUUUUCUUUGUUAUCAAUGUAUGUUACAUCUAUUGUUCUAUUUUCAGGUACCAAACAAAGGGCAUUUGUUGCCUUUAUAUUAUGCGCAUGAUAUUUUGCUUUUUGUCUUUGGGUGACUGACUAUGGUUACAUUCUACUUUGUUAUCAAUGCAUGUUACAUUUAUUGUUAUAUUUUCAGGUACCACACAAGAACAUUUGUUGCCCUUCCUAUUAUGCUUGUUUGAUUUAGCUUUCUAUAUUUGGCUGACUGAUGUGGGUUACUUAUUCCCUUCCUUAUCACUGCAUGUUACACUUGCUAUAUUUUCAGGUACCAAACAAAGGGCAUUUGUUGCCCUUUAAAUCAUGCUCAUUAUAUUUAGCCCUUUGUCUUUGGCUGGCUGGUUAGGUUACUUCUCCCUGUGUUAUCAUUAUAAUGCUACACUUACUAUUCUAUUUUCCGGUAUCACGCAGGACAUUUCCUGCGCUUCAUAUUGUUCUCGUUAGAUUUGCCUUUUUAUAUUUUGAUGGCUGGCUUGGCUUUCUUGUUUUCUGUGUUAUCAUUACAUGUUACACUUACUCAACACUGUUAGACAAACUGUCGGAGCAUAUUCUGUCCCACCACGACGCAGGGAAGUGACACCUUACAGGGCCAGCGCAAGAGUGUUCCACGGUGUUGGGCUUCGUCAUCAUCAGUGGUGAUCUUUUUGCAAAGCAAUGUCGUCAUGUAUGAGGAAGAAAAGAGCUGAAGCUCUUGUUCUCUUUCAGGUACCUGCACGGGGUCCUGUAUAUGCUUGCUCGUCCAACGUUUGAUGAAGUUAGCUGCAGACGGAACUAAGUACCUCCUCAUUCAGGAAAACUGGGGCAUAUGCGUUGCCUGUACCGGUACUGAACAACGCAACAGUCGCAGGACAUUCGGAAUGGAAAGCAACCGAGGAUAAAGAGAAGGAGGACCAAGGCAAAGGAAAUUACAUCUUCGACACUUUAAGAUCACACUUGGAGGAAAUGAACAAACAAUUCGGUGCUCAAACACAUCUACCUUGGUCCGCAAGGGACGUGCAAGUAUGUAGUGCUGACACCUCUGCUCCAAACUGACGCCACACGAAGGUCUCUUCGUAACCUGACGGUCACUUCCCGAACAGCCAGGGCCAUCGGGGAGGAGACCUGGGCCGAUGCGUGUAGGCAGGUGGUGGAUUUCGCUCGUUUCCCUGUGGUGGUCUGCAAGAGCCUGGAGCUCUGGAGGCUCAACCGCCGGGUCGUCCUCUAGUCGCCGCUACGGUUGCCCGUCGCGGCUGCAAAUGAACCCCUGCAUGUGUCUGGAGAAGUCCAAGGGCCUGGAUGUCUCGUGCCGACGCGUCGAUCGGCAAUACCUCUUGCGACCGGGACUCAGUGCCGUUGCCGACAUGCACCAGACUGUGAUGUACCUUAGGUUCCUGGAAAGCGAGUUGUCCUUUUUCCCCGACCGACUUUUGAAUGGACUCGACGUGCGACACUUCAUUGCGCAACAUUGCAACAUCUCCCGCAUUGACGAGGACGCCUUCACCUCCCUCAGCGAGCGGCUCGAGUCACUCGAUCUUUCACUCAACCUUCUCGAAGAGGUGCCGACGGAUGCACUGAGGGUGUUGACAGCCCUGGUGUCUCUGAACCUGAGCUACAACCGCAUCCAAGUGGUUCACGAAUGGGCCUUCCGGGGUCUCAUCUCGCUGCUCCGUCUCUCGCUGUACGGUAACCACAUCGUCACCGUGGACGCCAUGGCAUUCAGGGGUAUCGGCGGGAACCUCACCAGGGUUAACCUCGGAAGGAACUUCCUCGCUCAGGUUCCGUCCGAGUCCCUGCAAGGCAUUUCGGUGCUUCAGCAACUGGACCUUCAGGAGAACCGCAUAUCCGAAUUGAGCGCGGACCGCCUCCCCACUCUCGGUUCCGGACUUGAGAUCCUAAAUCUCGCAGACAAUCACAUCCGGGAGCUGCCGGCUGCUGCCUUCGCUCCGCUUCGCUCUCUCAUCUCGCUGGACAUCGAGCGCAACGGCCUGCAGUACAUCCAUCCAGCUGCGUUCGAAGGCAUCCAGGACUCUAUAGAAUAUCUGAAGCUGGGUCACAACAACGUGGAUGCCAUUCCUAGCAGUGCCUUCCAGAAUUUGACGCUGCUUCGAGAGCUCGACCUUCGAGGCAAUAACAUCUCUUUCAUUGCCUCCAACGCCUUCGAGGGAUAUGGCCGAAGUCUCAAGUUCAUGUACCUCCAAAAGAACGGGCUACAAACAAUCGAGCCUCGAGCCCUGGACAAUCUGGACGCCCUGGAGUGGCUCUACCUGCAGUCCAACGAGAUCGCCCUGCUCAACUACGACGUGUUUGCGCCCGUCAUGGACACUCUAGUUAUUCUCGACGUGCACGACAACCCGAUUCACUGCGACUGCAGCCUAUCCUGGUUCCGCCGCUGGCUCAUGGGGAAAGGAGGCACGGUCGUCAAUCAGCCUCGCGAGACCCGAUGCCGCUCCCCCGAGGAGUUCUCCAAGCUGUCCAUCCUGGACAUUCCGUCGGGGAGUCUGCCCUGCAACAGCUGUGAUUCCCUCCUCGCCCGGCGGACACUCGGCCACCUGGUCCUACUAGGCCUGGCCUUUCUGGCUGCUGGAUGACACGCGUUGUCAAUACUGCAUCGCUUGUAGUGUUGACAUGCAUGGCGAUUCUGUGGUACGCUCACGGGCGACGACGUUCGUGGUUGGUGGCGGAAAUGAGGACCUGCUCACGUUGCACGGGUGGUUUUUGUAUUGCGAAUGCCAAGACACCGUACAGACGAGGCUGCCGGAGGAUGCCGUCAAGAACCUGGUCAAAUAUUGUUGGAAGAAAUGUCGCGCAGCACCUGCCUUGGAUAUCCGGCUCGCGCUAUCCAGAGCUGUGCUGCGGUGUGGUAGUCGCUGAACUCCCCGCUGCGUGGCGCUGCUCACCACGUUUAACUGUGUGAAAGAAAGUCAAUUCGUCGCGAAUCCACCGACACAUUCAUCAUUCGGCGGUUUGUUGCGAGUACUCAUUGCCCUAAGUCGUUGUCCAAAGUCUUUGUCCAGCCAGAGCACAUUGAAGCAUUCGUCGCCCGGACGAGAGCGUGAAAACGCCAUACCCAUGAUUCUUUCUAAAUCAAGUUUGCGUGUACCGCAUUCGGAUUCCAAACCUGAUAGUAUCUGUGUAGUUGUCUAGCCGAAUACCUGUCACUCAAAACUCGCGUAUAAUUAUCAAGUACUAUAUCGCGGCAAAGUCAGGCAAAUAUAUCCUCAACUUACGUGUACCUGCGGAACGGAAAGUAUAUAGUAUAUAUAUUAUAGGGUUUUUCGUUUUCGGGUUUUAUUAUUUUUGAUAUUCGACGGGGGUAAAGAUCGGGUGAUUCUUUUGAAAAGAAAUUCUGGGAAGAAUCGGGCGUGUUCUGUCACGUGUUUUGUGUUGUCGGGUGUUUUUCCGGGUGAAACUAAAAUCGUGUGAGUCAAGCUGCAGAGAUGAUUGCAUGGGUGAACAAUCGAAUUCCGACAGUUGUCAAAAAGAAGAAAAAGAAAAAAAGCCUGCCUUUGGUACUACCUAGGAGGUGACUGACAGGAAUACCUUCAGGUGUUUAAGAAUUAAGGUUGAUAACGUGGUUCAUCCCUUUCGUGGCUCACUGUGGAGCCAUAUGAGGUUGAAAGACCUCGCGGAAUUCGUGGAGAAAUCGGGUUAUGCCCGAAUUUCAGAAGAUUGGUUCGGGGUGCAUAUCGUGAAAAAUCGGGAUUAAGGGGAUUAAUUAAUUAAUCGGGAUUAAGUAUAUAUGGGCUUACCAAGUUUCGAUUCGGCGCGCGGCACUCGCGGACGGCCGUGUCGAGUGACCAUAGACGUACUUUGUAUACCUUGUGGUUGUGAGACAUAACCAUGAACUCGCGUUAGUGUUAUUGGCUCGUAAGAAAAAGGUACUCCGAUAAGGAUAGUCGCGGGAGUGCACACACGCUCACCUGUCAAAAAGUUUUCGGUACGGCGAGAAAAAUCUCACCUAGGCUGCUGAUAUGUAUAUGUUGCUGAUAAGUGAUAACCGACUGUAUACUUUGUUUCGAAUGUGACAGUCAUUUGUCGUUUGUAUUGUGUUUUACCACGUCCGGAGAAGCGAUAUAAACUCAAAAGGACAGAGGCCUCCCUCAUGCAUCCACGAACGCUUCGAGUAGCAGGAACCACGUUUCCUGCAAAGUCCGACUGAAGAAUACCCUGAGAACCAACCUGAUGCAAUGCGGUUUUGUGCACAGAAUUGCGGGUAAUAAUGCGGGAGUUUGCCCCCCUGAAGGCGUAGACGUCGUUUUAUGUGAAGAGGGACUUUGCGAUUGCCAAAGCCCGCAGGUGCUUAAAUCUCACUGGAAUGCAUGCAUGUUUCACUGUGGGAGACGUAAGAAGUGAGAACUUUGGAUGGUGUCGCAUCCCAUCAUAACCGAUGGACCCGCUUCGCUGCCUGUGCCAGAAUACGCUGCUUGACUACUGUGCAUCAUUAAAAGCUGUUUUUGUUGCU